GGUUAGGGCUACUGCUCUUGAACUCAUGCCACCUAUUCGAGAUAAGUUCACAAUCCAUUCAAGAGCGGUGGUCUGUCAAGAUGUAGAGUUAAAGGGAGACAUCACUAUUGGGCCAGGCACAGUCGUACACCCCAAGGCUACCAUCUUCGCAAUAGCUGGUCCUAUCGUAAUUGGCUCAGGUUGUAUCAUUGAAGAGGCCGCCAUAAUAGUCAAUCGCCGCAAAGAAGUGAUGAGAGUUGGUGACAAUAAUUUGUUCGAGAUUGGCUGUCGCGUUGAAUGUCCAUCCAUUGGCAACUUCAACACUAUAUCUACGCGUGCACGCGUCCACCAUACUGUUCGGAUAUCAAAUUACUGCGUCAUUGGUACUGCAUGCCUCGUAGUUCCUACAGAUGACGAGACCCUUGACGACUACACGUCCAUCUUCGGACCCGCUGCAGAAAGAAGGACUUGGAGUGGAAGGGGACGGAUUCAAGAGGCUGAUUUGAGGUUGAAACAUGCAGAGUAUCUUCGUGAGAUGCUACCGAAGUUCAAUCGACUACGAAGGGGAGACGGUGCUUGAGGUCUUUGUGCACGUUUUUUUAUUGCCUGACAGGAGCAUUGGUUGUGCGUGUUAGUCGGGUGUACAUUCGCUGUCGGACGGGCAUCAACGACAUCGGUGGUGGAUCAAUACACAUAAUCGCCUGUCAUUUCCAAG